GAUAGUGAUAGUGAACUUGGAGAAGAUGUGAGCAUUUCAAGUCAGUUGGUAGCAGCAUAGUGAGACAUGAAGCGGCAAGGAUAAGCUGUGGUUCUCUGUUGUGAGGAUGACCUGGUCGAGUGAAAUGACAUUCUAAGGUGGUGGGCGAUGGUUGCACAUCGACAAUCUGCCGGAAUCCGAAGAAUCGAAAAUAAAUUAUUGUUCUCGAGACGGGGUUAUAUUCAUCAUCGACGCUACGAAAGAGAUGUUCGAAAUUGAUCCGGAACAUGAAAAAUCGUAUUUUUCGCAGUGUCUCGAGGCAUACAAAAAUAUAUUGGCAGAAAAAUUGUCAUGGAACAAAACCGAUUGGAUGGGUAUUAUAUUGAUGGGUACAAAUAAGUGGGACCAGGAUCCAGAAAUCAAACAUGUUUUCACCUGGCUAACUUUCAAGGAAGUUUCUAUAGAUCAAAUGACAAAAAUCGAUGAAGCUUUAUUAAAUGUAGAUAAGUUUCACGAUGAUGUAGGCUCCUCGACAGAAUAUCCACUUUAUGAUGCAUUGUGGUAUGCUACCCGAUGUUUUAAUGCAGUCAAAAUUACAAUGCCAUUCCGGCAUAUCGUACUGCUUACACGUUCCGAUAAUCCGUAUGCCAAUGAUCACAUGGAAAAGCAUCGUAUCAGAUUAAAAGCGGAUGAUUGUUCUAAUCUGAAUAUACGCCUCUCAGUCGUUGGAUUGGGAACGGAAUGGAAUCCGUCACAUUUUUUUGACGAAUUAGAAGUACACUCUGGGAAAUUUGACAAAGCUGAAGAUUAUGAAAGAACAUUAUUGACUGAUUUGGAAGAGGAAAUUAAACACGCAUCCAGAAUUACUGCUAAACUUCAGUGGACUCUUGGAAAUGGUGUCAAAUUAGGAGUAUCUGUCAGCACUAUCACGGCGAAAACAAAAUUUCCCAGGCAAAUACGAUUGAGUAAAGUUAAUAAUGAGCCAUUGGAUGCAUAUUCCUAUUACAGAAAAGCUGAGGCAGGUUACUCAGAGGACGAGGAAGAUACAGACGAAAGUGAAGAGUCUAUCGGAGAGAAAGUAGUUCUUUCUGAAAAUGUCUACAAUUACCAAGAGUUUGGUGGACGAUCUAUCAGAUUUUCACUGCAAGAAUCGUCGAAACUGAGUAAUUCACGUGAACCAGGGAUCACUUUGCUUGGUUUUAAACCGAUAAGUAAAUUGGAUCUUUCGCAUCAUUUAGAAGCACCAAACUUUGUCACCUACAACGAUUCGCAACUUCAAGGUAGCAAAGCUUUGUUUGCUGCAUUGCUGAAACAGUGCGAUGCCAAACAUGUAAUGGCUAUUUGUGUGGUAACAUUACGUAGUCGAUCACCGUCUUACUUGUAUGCGUUGAUACCGUAUGUCACAUUGACCGGCUUUUAUGCGUACAAAUUACCAUUCGCAGAGAAUAUACGAGAUUUUUCUUCAGUACUGUCCGAGUAUUACUAUAAUGACACAGACAAUAAAUGUCCAAUAAACAAUGAAACGGUGAAUCUUUGUUAUAACUUUAUUAAAAAAACAUCCAUAAAAUACGAUCCUGUUGUGUUUAAAAAUCCUAAGUUGCACACAGAAUUGGCUCACAUCGAAUCAUUGGCAAUGGACAAAGAUUCCUGCAUGAUCCCGUCCGAUACCACGAUACCUGACAAAGAAGCUGCUAGUCGUAGGUUGGGUCAAUUUAGAGAUCUUUUUAAAAAUGAAGUGGACAGCCAUGGCGAAACGAAGAAUACUAAUAAGAGAACAUUAAAUUUCGAAGAGCUUGUACAAGCUAAACAAGUAAAGAGUUGUACGGUAGCGGAACUGAAAGACUACCUGAAGAGCGUUGGUGAAAAUCCAGUUGGUAGAAAGAACGACUUAGUAGAUCAGGUGUACAGUUUAUUCACUUGAAUGUAAAGGUGAUUACGAACAGUUUUUUUCUGCCUCCUUUUUUCAUUUAUUUUGAAGAAAUAUAUUUCGGCAAUGAUGUACAGCAUUUUCAAUUAAGAUGUCCCUUGUAUUAUUUGUCAUUUUUAUAAAAUCACAUGAGCUUACUUUUGUGAGUAUUCCGAGGGAGCAUGCCGAAGCGACCGUAUUGACGAAACUCUUCCAAAAUAGAAUCGAGCGACGGUAGGGUGAUAGACGAAAAAUUGGAAUUUUUAUUUCUUAUUUCUCUCAUUGAAAGCUCCUUCAUUGUUGAUAUGAGGGAUUCGUGAUAUUUAUUUAUUAGCUUGAGAAAAUAAUUUUCACGUAUUUCCUGGUUUCUAUUAAUAUAAUAAUAUUUGAUAAGUCAAACGUUUAUAAAGAUUUAUCUGCUAUUCUAUAAAGUACUGAUUACAAUAUUUAUGAGGUAUUUUGGAUUGUAGACUUUCCUUUCGUACCUUCCUAAUUGUUCUAAUGCCAGAACACAGUGAUACAUGUCUAAAAUACAUUUAGGCGCCAAUUUAAAUCUUUCUGUCAUUAGAUUUUCCAGAACCACAAUACUGUCUCGUUUCAGAUUCUCUUUUGACCUGGCAAUUUUGCUCAUCGUGGCGUAAGGAACGUUUGGAAAUAAUUUAAAAUUUCUUUGGCACAGUUCUUUCUUGAAUAUUG